AUGGCAAGCGGUAGCAGCGCGGUAGCACACCUUAGACAACUACGCAAGUUGUUAGCUUAUCAGAAGAGACAAUGGGGUCGUAAAUGUUUGUUGCGUCGCUUUAUGUCCAAUAUUUACGGUGUUGGGUCUGAUGGUUAUGAUAACGACGCAAUUG